AUGCCGUGGAAAGAACGGUUUUAUCGAUGGUAUACUACGAUGUUACAAUCCCUCUCAAAAUUCAAUAUUUUUCGCGAUGAUUUUGCCCCGACUGCGGAUGAAUAUGAAAUCAGAUCACAAAUCCUAGCCGCUCGUGUCUAUGUAGUCCUAUUGACUGUUUCACUGUUCACUUUGAUCACUUACACGACACAAAUACAUGUAACCGAAACAGUUUCUAUCAAAAGUCCGACAUACAAUCAAUUUUUGAGUUUAUACACUGCUUAUUCAGAAACACUUUCCUGCCCAUGUACGAGUACCUCGAUUGCCUAUGAUCAGUUUAUUUAUCUCGAUGUAUUCUACCAUCAAAUAUGUGAUAGUGUAUUCACAACAGAUACCUGGCGUCAACUGAUCGAUUCAACAUCGAACCCUAAUGAAGUUUCUUUGAAUUUUCGUUAUAUUGGCGGGCCGUUAUUCUAUGUUCUUAAUUCGUUCUGUGAUUUGAGUGAAACAACAGUUACGGAUGGUAUGAUAGAUUUCAAUGCGACUCAACUCAUUUCCGGUACAGUUUUACCAUUUGAUACUUUCAAUGUUGAAAUAGAGAAUACAAUUCGUUCAUUCAUUUCCACUAUCACAAGAGAAUUCACUCGAUCUCGUCAGUUAAUUCGUGAUCAAAUACAAUACAAUGGUAUUCUGUCAGGACUUUAUACAAAUUUUUAUUAUACCUCAUUUGUAUAUGAACAGAUUGAAGGUUAUUCAGGAGUUAAUUUUUAUACUUUAUCACGUGUCUAUGUCAAUCAAUCAUCAAAUUGUUCCUGUGAUGAUACACCAUUCUGUAAAAUACCAGCGUUUAUUGACGACGAUGAUAAUUCAUUUCACAUUCCCGGAAUAUAUUUUGGAUGUUAUAUAGUUGAAUCACUUCUUCAAUCUAAUCUUGAGUGUUUCUAUAAUCAAACAUGUAUUGAUGAGUUACGUCAUGCACUUAAUUCGUCUGUGGCACUCAAUACAUCUGCUCUUAAUGCAACCAUACAAAGUCAGUAUGAGCGUAGUGAAACAAUCGAGCACAUUGUUGAUCAGUUGAUGAUCGAGCAAUGGAGGAACACAACAUCCCAUGAACUCUAUUAUGAUCGAUGUCAUCCUUCUGUAUGUAGUUGUACAUAUGCCAGUAAGAAGAAUUGGCUCAAUGUAUUAACAUCGAUUAUUGUGCCUCUGGGUGGUCUGAAUCUUAUUUUGAAGAUCAUAGUGCCUCGCAUUAUGAUGCUAAUUUGGUCGCGUCUUCGUACAAAUCCAGGUAAAUGA